GAUGAUGAUGAUGAUGAUGACGACGAGAGCUAUAUAAAUGAGGUUAAAAAUAUAAAAAAACCGAAAGCACAGUAUGAUUUGCGUAUGAAUCAUAUUGCUCCUCUAUUUGCUAGUCAACCACGACUCGAAAAAAUAUGUAAUGAUUGGGAGAACGAGUUUCUUCCUUCAUGCUUUACAACAUAUACACUUAAUAGCAAUGAAAAUGAUUCAGUUAAUGAACUACAUGAAAAAGCAAAUGAUAUAGAGUACCUGAUUAAUCUCUGUAGAAUUAAUUUAACUUUUCUAAAUGUAAAAUAUUAUCCUAGUUCUCAAAUAAUCCCAAUAAUCAAUGCUAAUUGUCCAAAUCUUGAGAUGCUUUCAUUAGGACUCAAAGAAAUAAUAAGUCAAGAUUUUAAAAAUUGUUUUUCUAAAAUGUCUCACCUUAAAAGACUUACGAUUAAAUGGCAAUGUAAAAAUACAACUCUACCAAUGACUUUAGCCGAGUCAUUAAAACAAAUUGGUGGAACAUUAGAAAGUUUAAAACUUUUAUGUACCUUAAAAGGAAAUGAAAUUUUUUUACUAGAUUCAUUGGCUUCGGUAUUUCCUCGACUAAUUGCUUUGAGUAGUUUAGAUAUAUAUGGUUUUGGACUAAGUCAACUAUUACUACAGUCGAUAAGUCAAAUGAAAAAUUUGGCUCAUCUAACUCUUGUUGUAACUGAGUCUAGUUGGCCGAAUAAUCAUCCGAGGUUGGAUACAAAAAUAUGUAUCCAAUUUCGAAUUUGAAAAAUCUUGAAAGGUUACAUAUAGACUGUGAUUAUGGUGUUAAAGAUGAUUUUUAAUUAAUCUUUGUAAAAAUGCUAAAAAAUUAAGCUAUUUAUAUAUAAUAAGCCGAAAUAUAACUGAUAUUGGUAUAAGUGCAAUUAAUAAUUUAGAACAAUUAGAAGAUUUCGAUAUUGGUUCAGCUUAUACUGGUCUGCCAUUGAAAAAAAAUGAAUUUAUCACUGAUGAAUCAAUUCAAUGUUUAUUCAAUCAAAAAUUGGACACUUUGAAUAUAUCAAAUUGCAUUAAAAUCACUGAUAAAGGUGUAAUUAAACUUGUUGAAAAUUUACCAAAUUUAGAUACUUUAUUUAUUAGAAAUACAAAGGUAACUUGGGAAGCUGUUAGAAAAAUAUCCGAAUUAUCAAUGAAUCGUAAAAUACCACUAGGUGUAUAUAAAACUGGUAAUUGAUCAUUUUCAAAUCAUCAUAGUGAAAUCAAAUAAUUUUUUUUUUUUUAUUCUAAAUUUAUUAUCAAUAUAUAUGUUGAUGUUCUUUUUAUUUUUUAAAGUUAUUUAAUUCAUCAAUUGUUUACUUAUUCUAUAAACAGACAGAAAA